GAUCGAACAGCAGUGAUGGUUGAUCUUGCAUCAGAAAUCAAGUUAUGUCUCAGUGGUGAACGAACUUCACAAAUAAACAAUCUGGACAAUACGGACGACAACCAAGACAGCACAAUUCGUAAUCUUGAAGAAAAACUCAAACUUUUGGAAGAAGAAAAAUUGGAUCUUGAAAAUCAAAUAUUUUCAGCUGAAAAAAAGUAUCAUGAACAACUGGAUUCGUACUUAGCACGUUAUAUUAAUGCAGAUUUUAGUUUGGCCCAGAUGGAAUUCAUAUUGCCUACAAAAAGAGCCAAGUUAAGUAGAGUAUAUUCAUCAUCAACAACUGAUGACAAUUCAACAUUCAAUUCUACUGAUGCUCAUGGAAAUUCUCUAAUUGCACUGAAACACUUCUUUGAACCCUCAAUGAACCUUGUUUAUAAAAAGUUACAUGAAACAACAAAGGAAGCACAGAAUAGAUAUAGACAAAGUAAUGAUGAUAUGUUAGCAUGGAGAUUUUCACCAGAAAGUUCAAUUGGAAAGUCAUUAAUGUCACGCAUUCGACACUUAUUAAGUGCCAAUGAAGAGUUAGGUCGAGUUAACCAAGCUGAUCGUGUGGCUAUGUUAGAAUCUGAAGCUGAACUACAAGCCACAUGCAUGAAAGAAUUUAUAAAAACUAAUGAAGAUAUUGGAGGUGUACUAGAAGAAGCGUAUGCUGAUUUAGAAGGUCUUCAAAGCAGUUUGUUAAUUUUACACCAACAAAUAAAUCAAACGGAAUCACUUGUUGAAGCCCUACAGAAUGAAUUAGAAUCACGUCAACCUGGUAUUGUUGCUGAACUUAUGACUGCAAUGCUGUCAAAGCUUAGUGAGACGGGAACAAAUGUAACGGAAGUGGAGUGUGGUGAUGAUGAUGACAGCUGUAAAUCAGUACCUAUUACUCAUGAUAAAUCUGAACAGGAAAAUCCACAUAGCAAUUUCGAUGAGGUCGUUCCAGAAGAGAUUUGUACACAUGAAAAGUUAACUUAAACUUAAUUGCAUGUAUAAUUAUUUCCCAGUGAAUAUCAUUAUAAACCUAUCUUAUACUUAUAUAUUAUGUGCACUUUUUUCAUCAUUAUGGUGUAAAGAAAAUUUCAAACAUGUUAAUGUACUACAGAACCAUCUAACCACUGUUGAUUGAACUGUGAUUAAUUAAUUAAUUUGAAGGUCUGUAGUGACAAUAUUAUUCAGCUAGCUUCAUAGAAGAUUGUAGUUGAAAUCCGUGAUUGAGCAUGGGUUAUUAAGAGAAAUACCAAUGUACCUUGUAGUCAAAAAGCUAAUAUAAUGUGGGAGCUGCAUUUCUUUAUUAAGGUUCUUUCAUAAAUAACCUUCACACUAAC